GACCCACCGUUUGGCUGCCACCGCUACGGAACUUAGCUCGCAGCUAGCGGAGUGGUAACGUCGGUAGAAUGUGUUCGCGCUGUCGGCAGUGAACGUGUUGUUUGGUGCGACGGCAAAGGCGUGUUGAGGAGUACAGGCGGGACACACGGAGGUGCUCCAGGACUUGGUCGGGGGUCCACAGCCACGCUUCGUUCGCUGCUCCUCACGUUAGCUAACUUGUGUAGUCUGACAGGAGAACCAGAGGAGUGUCCGGCUAGCAGCUAGCAGGCUAGCCACCACACAACGGAGCUAGCUAGUUAGCUCUGUGUUUGUUAACUACUUUGGUGUGGGCUCGACUGCGUGUGAAUGCUGUUGUUUCAAGUGGUAGCAACCUAUGCGAGUCCUGGAUGAGAGCUGGACCGAGCCCUGGGCUGUCUAUGAUGUUCACAGCUUUCCCUGUUAGGUGUCCUGACCCCUCCUGGGCCAUUUAACCAGUCAUCUGUGACAACCCCCAACAAUAUGAUCAUUCACACCGACCCCACCCAGCCCACAGGGACGAGAAUCCCCCCAAAACAAGCUCUCCCAAUGAUAUGAUAGUAGCCGCCUGGAUCACUUUUUGUGCCUGCAGGAGCCUCGCACGGGUUCUGCUCUUCCUCUCCUCCUCUAACUCCCUUCCUCCAUUCUGGGAGACUCUUGCCAGUGUGGUUUCCGGCUCUGGAAGCAUGGGUAACAGCUGUGUGUGCCGAGAAGACAGUGACUUGGAGGACCAUCACCACGGGUCAGCGAGGGCGACUCGAGGACAAGCCAGGCGGGUGGAUCACGGUACAGGCGUAGGUGUCGACACCGUAGAGGCUCGUAGCAGUCGGCCGAGGGACCCAGUCAGGCCGCCACGCCGAGGACGAGGACCCCAUGAGCCCAGACGGAAGAAACAGAACGUGGAUGGCCUGGUGCUGGACACACUGGCUGUCAUCAGGACACUUGUUGACAACGACCAAGAGCCCCCUUACUCCAUGAUCACUCUGCACGAGAUGGCAGAGACCGAUGAUGGUUGGCUGGAGGUUGUCCAGUCUCUGAUACGAGUGAUCCCACUGGACGAUCCACUCGGCCCUGCAGUGAUCACCCUGCUGUUGGAUGAGUGUCCUCUCCCGACCAAGGAUGCUCUCCAGAAACUCUCUGACAUGCUGAGUCUGAGUUCGGCUGUUGCACGGCAGGACGCUUUAAUCCCUGCUAAACACAGAAAUACCACCGCUGUUUUGGGAUGCCUGGCAGAGAAACUGGCGGGACCAGCCAGUAUUGGACUGUUGAGCCCUGGAACCCUUGAGUACCUCCUGGAGAGCCUGAGCUCUGAGGCCCACCCCACCGUCAUGCUGUUUGCUCUCAUCGCUCUGGAGAAGUUCUCCCAGACCAGUGAGAACAAACUGACAGUGUCAGAGUCUUCUAUCAGCAAUCGACUGGCCGUCCUGGAGUCGUGGGCAGAGCAUCCUGACUACCUGAAGAGGCAGGUUGGAUUUUGUUCACAGUGGAGCCUUGACAACCUGUUUCUAAAGGAGGGUCGGCAGUUCACCUACGAGAAAGUCAACCUGACUAACAUCAACGCCAUGUUGAACAGCAACGAUGUCAGCGAGUACCUAAAGAUCUCCCCGACUGGACUAGAGGCACGGUGCGAUGCCUCAUCCUUUGAGAGCGUGCGUUGUACAUUCUGUGUGGAUUCAGGCGUUUGGUACUAUGAGGUGACGGUCAUUACAUCAGGAGUGAUGCAAAUCGGAUGGGCCACCAAGGACAGCAAGUUCCUAAACCAUGAGGGCUAUGGGAUAGGAGAUGACGAAUACUCUUGUGCGUAUGAUGGCUGCAGGCAGCUCAUCUGGUACAACGCUCGCAGUAAACCUCACGCUCACCCCUGCUGGAAGGAGGGAGAUGCCAUCGGCUUCCUGUUGGACCUCAGCAAGAAGCAGAUGAUAUUUUAUCUGAACGGGCAUCAGCUGCCGCCAGAGAAACAGGUUUUCUCAUCAGCCACGUCUGGUUUCUUUGCGGCAGCCAGCUUCAUGUCGUACCAGCAGUGUGAGUUUAACUUUGGGGCCAAGCCUUUCCGUCACCCUCCUUCUGUCAAGUUCAGCACCUUCAACGACUUCGCUUCACUGCUGCCCAGUGAAAAAAUCAUUCUGCCGAGACACCGACGUCUGGCCUUACUGAAGCAGGUUAGCAUCCGGGACAACUGCUGCACGCUGUGUUGUGACGUCAUGGCGGACACAGAGCUACGGCCUUGUGGACAUGGUGGUAUGUGUAUGGAGUGUGCCUUACAGUUAGAGACGUGCCCGUUGUGUCGCCAAGACAUCCAGACCCGCGUCAGACUCAUUGCACAUGUCUCCUGACACACUUCCUGCCCUUCCUCCAAUCAUGAGAGACACACAAGCCCCACAGCCUCCUCCUCCUCCUCUAAUCCCCUCUCACCCAUCGGGGCUGCGAGGACGAUGCCACAAUGUUGUGACGAUGCCAGAACUGUGGGUUCUGGUCCGAGGAGGCGGCGAUGGAGGGCUGGCGACAAGACAGAGAGGAGAUAAGAGGAGGGGGAAUUCAACCACAGCUGGAUCCCCGGAAGCUUUUCCUCAUUUACUUACGUCUCCUCUUUUGUAUCCUUCUGACAAGUCAUUGCAGAAGCUGGGCCAAGUAUCAUCAACUUUCUACAAACAAUGCAUUUUUCAAGAGCAGAAGCGAGGAGCACAGACAAUUUAGUCAGAUUACAGACAGAACCAACUUCUCAUCUGCACACCCCUGUAUAAUGUCAUCAGACAUGAGGAUCCCACUUGGCUUUCAGUCCAGAGGCUACUACUAUUUAAUCCCAUCACCGUCAUGCACAUGUCUGCAGAUCUGACGGGGCUGAGCAGCCUGUCGUCCAGUAUUAAACCCAAGGUACAGAUAAAUUUGAGAUGUGUCUCACGUUCUUGUUUUCGGCUAUAGAUAUGCGAAUAGUUUUUUUCAAAGUAGCAUCUUCAUUCUCGUUUCCAACACCUUUGCUUUGGGCAGCUUUGCUGUCUGUACUGAUCCAUCGCCCACUACUGGGGUUCGUCAUUGGAAAAAUAAAUUGUCGGGUAAAAUAUCAGGUUUUGGUGUCAGAAAACUUAAAAAUUCUGUGAGUUCAGUUUUCUGAUUCAGUUUAUAAAACUGUUCAAAAUCAAUCAGCUGUCAGGCAAGGAAGAAAGUUCAGGACAUAACUCGUGUUUUACAGCCAGUAAAAGGUAAACGCACUACAGUCUGUAUUAGAGCUGAUGGUUUUCUGACCCUGCUGUUGUUUGUGCUUCAUUGUCUUUGCUCAGAUCUUUCUUCAGUCUCCUUCAUGUAUGAAGCAACCACAGAACACAGGGGUUGAAAGUUAAUGAGAUGUUUUGUACAGACAAAGCCAAAUGUUUUUCCCUCAAAUAUAGAUUCAUACUUUGGAGAACCAAUGACCACCACUACCUUCUGAAUUCGUCUGGCAUUUCUUAAUCGAUGCUAACGGUUUGGCAACAAUUUCUAAAGUCGCUCCACAAACGAGUUGGGCUCAUCUGAGGGGCCGCACAAGUACCGAUGUCUUAGUUGUUGUUUGUGAUUGCAAACAAUUUUUAAUCCACAAGAUGUGAUUUAAUUUUGUGUAAUAAAUGAGUGUGAACACUGAUGUUGCCUGAAAGUACGACGGUUUUGUUGAUUUGACAGUGUUUUAUGAGCUGCGCAGUAAAUUGUUUGAAGCAAAUGUGAGAUGUUAAAGUGAAUUGUUUUUCCUGGAUCAGUUUUCACAGGUCAUUCUUGCGACGGUGUGAUUUCUGAUCUGAUUUGCCAGUGAGACACUUGAGAUAAAUUAGAAAAACACUACCCACAGCACAGGACAUGACCUAGUGUGGGCUUUAGUAUCGUAAUCAUGUUUCACCUGCUACAGAUCAUAGCAGUCGUUGUGGGAUUUCUUGCAUACAUAAUUGAUCUCGUCAAAACAAAGUUUGUCCAAAGUGUAUUUUCCGGUCGACGGGUCAGACUACAGAGUAAAACGUGGUUUCCCUCUUUGCCAUCUGUGCAACAGGACAUGUGCUCUCAUGUUGCUGUUUCUGCAUCCUCCUGCCUCUGUCUCCUACCUGGUGUUCUCUGUCUGUCUUUCUGUCUCAUCCUUUACUUGAAGCAUCUCUGGGUUGAUUGAACGACGUUUGUGUUUUGGAAACAGGUGACGAAUUUGAUGUACGAGAGGUUGUGAUUUAAGAAAAAUUGUUUGUACAAUUUUAAAAAAAAUUCAGUAGCAUUUCAAAUUAUAACACUGAAUAAUUUAUGAUUAAUUUAUCUUGGUCAAAUUGUUUAUGAAAGAGUUCCUACUCCACCAAAUUGCAUGAACAGACUCAGUAAAUCAUUCAGACUGUACUAGAGUGGUUUCUGAUGAGAACAUGCGUCUCUCAGUAUGACAGGAGGCUGGUCUGGUCAGUGUUUGUUACCGUGUAUUCCUGGAGCACCUUAUACAUGCAGGUGAGAGAUGAGCUGUCUCUGUGAUUGGAGAUAAAAUUCAGGACUGUAAAGAAUAAAUUGUGAGUUGUAUUUAAAACAUCUAUAAAGGAAAUUUGCCCCAGAGUUCCCAAAGAUGUGAUUUAUUGAAGAAUUGUUGUUUCCUGGAUUGUGAUAUUUGUAAUAAAUGUAUGUACAUGUGAUCA